CACUGAGUCUGUGACACACAUUUGAAGGAUUGCUCAAACAAUACAUUUUAUUUCUUUUGUGAUUUCAAACAAACGCUUUCAUUAUUUACUAAUAUUAACUCAAUUACAAAAGCAUCUAAUAAAUGAUUAGUUAGUAAUUAAUGGGAAAUAAUUGUAAAAUAAUAUAACGAAAUGGAUUUGAGUGAUAGACUAUUGAAGAGGCAAACUAUAAGUCAAUGAUCUGUUAGAAUGUAAACUACAUGGGAGUCUGCAUUCGCCUCAUAAUCAGUGCAUCGAUCAGAAAAUGGCGCUUUCCUUAGCCGGUCUACGCCCUAACCAUCACUUUCUGCACUUUCUUCUCUUUGCUAUUCUUCAGCUCCUAUGCAGAUGUCUAGUCCUAACCGAUAGAAACAGAUACUACCAUAUAUCAGCCCUAUGUAUGAGAGAACGCAUUCAUCCGCUGCACAAGAAAGUUGACGGCGCCGUCAUCACCAGCAAGUCAGAGGACAACCUCGACUGUACCAUCACUUUCCAAACGGAUACCAUUUUGCAGCGAUUUAUGCUCCGCUUCGAGAAGUUGGCCCUCGAUUGCGACGACCACUUAUACAUAUACGACGGCGCCCACGCCAUUGGCAACCAUAAAGCUGACCUGUCGUGCCGUAGCACUCGCACAGAAGUGGGCACAAUAUUCACCCAGGGAAGCUUUCUCACA